AGACAUGAAGUUCGCUGCCUCGACGUUUGUCAUUGGAGCCGCUGCGGCAGCAAGUGUCGCCCAGCAGCAACCGCUCCAGGUGGUGCAGGAUGCGCUGAAGUCUGCUUCAGAGAAGAGCUCGUCGUGGUCGAAGCCCCUGCAGAACCUGCAGCAUGAGCUCAAUCAUCUCACAGACGAGGCGCGCCAGUUGUGGGACGAGGUUGCGUUGAUGUUCCCGGAGGCCAUGAGCGAAGCGUCCUUCUUUAGCCCGCCGAAGCCUCACACGAAGAAGCACGAUUGGGACUUUGUCACUUCCGGCAAGGCUAUCCAAGAUGUCUGGGUAACCAACAGCAAGGGUGAGCAGGAGCGUGAGAUCGAUGGCAACCUCGAGGCCUUCUCUCUCCGCACCAAGAAGGUUGACCCCAGCAGCUUGGGCGUCGACAAGGUCAAGCAGUAUUCUGGCUACCUCGAUGACGAUGAAGAGGACAAGCACUUGUUCUACUGGUUCUUCGAGUCGCGCAACGACCCAAAGAAUGACCCUGUGGUUCUCUGGCUCAACGGCGGCCCAGGCUGCUCUUCGCUGACCGGUUUGUUCAUGGAACUCGGCCCAAGCUUUAUCAACAAGAACGUCAAGCUUGACUACAACCCGAGCAGCUGGAAUGCCAAUGCAUCGGUCAUCUUCCUUGAUCAGCCCGUCAAUGUCGGCUACUCCUACUCCGGCAGCAGCGUCAGCAACACUGUCGCAGCGGGCAAGGACGUCUACGCUCUUCUUACGCUCUUCUUCAAACAAUUUCCGGAGUACGCGCAUCAGCCGUUCCACAUCUCUGGCGAGAGUUACGCAGGCCACUACAUUCCCGUCUUUGCGUCCGAAAUCUUAUCGCACAAGCGACGCAACAUCAACCUCCAAUCUGUUCUCAUCGGCAACGGCCUUACGGAUGGCUUGACCCAAUACUCCUACUAUCGCCCGAUGGCCUGUGGUGACGGUGGCUGGCCCGCCGUCCUCAGUCCGCAAGAGUGCUCAAGUAUGGAUAAUGCGCUUCCGCGCUGCCUUUCUCUCAUCCAGAACUGCUACAAUAGCGAGUCUGUCUGGUCUUGUGUCCCAGCAAGCAUCUACUGCAACAAUGGUCUUAUCGGACCCUACCAACGCAGCGGCCAGAACCCCUACGAUGUGCGCAAGAAGUGCACAGGCGGCAACCUUUGCUACGACGAGCUAGACUGGAUCCAGAACUACCUCAACCGCAAGGAUGUCAUGAAGGCGCUCGGCGCCGAAGUCGACAAGUACGACAGCUGCAACUUUGACAUCAACCGCAACUUCCUCUUCCAAGGUGACUGGAUGCAACCGUUCCAUCGCCUCGUGCCAGGCAUCCUCAAGGAGAUCCCGGUGCUCAUCUACGCCGGUGACGCCGACUUCAUCUGCAAUUGGCUUGGCAACCUGGCGUGGACUGUUGAGCUUCAGUGGCCAGGCCAGAGCGCGUACAAGAAGGCGCCGAUUGAGGACUUGAAGUUGUUGGAUGACGGCACGAAGAUCGGUGCGGUGAAGAGCUCCGGCAACUUCACGUUUGUGAGGAUACAUGCAGGUGGGCACAUGGUGCCGUACGAUCAGCCUGUGGCAAGCUUGGAGAUGGUAAACAGGUGGUUGGGUGGUGAGUGGAUGGAGGCAUAGGCAUAAGUGCCAGGGGUAUUGGAGGCAUUGGAUAUGGACGGUUUGAUGAUUGGACCUCUGCACGCGGUGUGACAGACGCUUUCAAGCCGUAGUUUCACUGUUGUGCAAGUCCGUGUGAUUAUAAGUGGAAGUGCAGCCCGUACCAAAUUAUCAAACGUAGAAUCACGACGUGCCCAUUCCAGUGUUGCUUCUCCCUAACCGCGAUUGUUGCCGCAUAAUUCUACGGUUGUCGUUAUAUUAAUCAUGACUUUUGUGAACGUGCUUCCCUAAAUUUGCGCUUAGAGUUCGGGUGAGCGCUGGGAAGACCACCGUUUGGCGGUGGCGGAGCGGUAAGGCGGAGAUCCGAUAGGGGCGCGCCUGGCGUUGCAAGCAUACAACGAGUUUUUGUAUUGAGGACG